AUGAACUCUUCAACUACUGUUCCAUUAUCAGACAAUGCCAAGCAUCUACACGAAGUUAUGAUGUCUAAACAGCCGAAUCAAACAUUAUUCACCCAAGAUGAAUUGAAAACAAUAUUGGGUAUUGAUUCAUUAGCAGAUAUGAUGCAUAUAGUCCAAGAAUUAUUGAACUCAAAUUUAAUCAGAUUAAUAAAACAAAACAAUGAACUAAAAUUCCAGCCUGUUGAUAAAAUAGAAGCCUCCAAGAAAUCUACCAUGUCUGCGGAGGAAUCUCUUGUAUACUCUUAUAUCGAGGCUAGUGGUAGAGAGGGGAUUUGGUCCAAGACUAUCAAGGCAAGAACCAAUCUACAUCAACAUAUUGUAUUGAAAUGUUUAAAAUCAUUAGAAUCUCAAAGAUAUGUGAAAAGUGUGAAAAGUGUUAAAUUCCCCACUAGAAAGAUAUAUAUGUUAUAUAAUUUACAACCAUCCACAGAUGUCACCGGUGGUCCUUGGUUUACUGAUAGUGAAUUGGAUGUAGAAUUUAUCAAUUCACUUUUAACCAUUGUUUGGAGAUUUGUUAGUGAAAGAACAUUCCCCAAUGGAUUUAAAAAUUUCACCAUGAAACAAUCUAAAAAUUCUAAUACUUUUGAACAAUUAUAUGCACCAAACGUGAAAAAUUAUGCCAAUAUUGAUGAAAUAUUAGAAUUUAUUAUGAAUGCUAAAGUCGCCAAUGUAGAAUUAAGUAACGAAGAUAUAAGAUCUCUAUGUCAAGUAUUGGUAUAUGACGAUCGACUAGAAAAAAUAGCACAUGAUUGUUAUCGAGUCACGUUACAGAGUGUACUUCAAAUGACACAAUCUGGUGUUAUUCAAACAUCAGACAAGAAUAAUAAAAAAAAGGACGAACAAAAGGAACCUAAAGGGAUUUUCGAUCCGAAUUUCGAGGAUUUUUCCAUUUUCACAUUUUAUAAUACAAUUGCUCCAACUACAGGAGAUAAAGAAGCUAUAUAUUUCGAUGAAUGGACCUUAUAG